GGGGAUCAACGUUGAAUUUUGUUCAUGGGGUAACGACCUUAAGUACUACCCACAGUAGGCAUUUGUUUAUAUAAAAGAAAAUGAUUGAAGAAGCUAAAGUUGCCAUCAAAUUGCUCAAGUUUUGUUGCAAGUGGUUAAUAUAUAAACCCAUUUCAGCGAUCAUGUUAGCACGAACUAUAUAUAUUGUGACUGUCCUUUUCAGGUUUGGCUGUUUCCUGUUUCUGAUUAAGAAUGCACGCCAACUGUUUGUUAAUAUGCCAAUGAAAGUUUCUUGGAUUUUAAACUGCCCCCAAUUAAUGUAUAUGCAUAAAUAAUCCGUGUUUGACAUGUUUGUGAUGGUUUUGGAUUCUUAUGAUCUGUUCAAGUUCCACUUUUUUGACUUCUUGUUUGAUCCAAUAGUCAACCAUAAGUUUUAAUAUAUCAGGGACCCAUAAACAUUAUUCUUGCUAACAUGAUCAAUGAAGUGGUAUCUAUGGAAGAUAAGAUAUGUGUAGCAAGCUCGUUAAGCACGUUAUCCCAACGGGAAAAAGAGUUCAACCCCUAGUAGUUGAUAGCAACCAACAUCAUCAAAUUUCCAUUAUAAAUUUUUGGUGAAUAAUAAUGGUCUUCCUUCUCCAUUUGUUCUUUUGCUCUGUUACUACAGUGUUUGUUUAUGUUCAUGGACAGGUUCAAACAGGUUAUAUAAGCAUUGAUUGUGGCUCACGUGAAAAUUUCAACUAUGUGGAUGAUACGGGUAUAAGUUACUCCUCAGAUGAAUCCUUUGUAAGCACCGGAGUCAACAAGAACAUUUCUUCAGAAUACGCGUACCCAAUCAACCCAAUUCUCCCAUUGCCUCUUUCAGAUCUUAGAAGCUUUCCUCAAGGCAACAAAAACUGUUACAUCUUAAGGCCCAAUGGUGGAAAGAGGAGUUUGAAUCUGAUUCGAGCAACUUUCAUGUACGGAAAUUACGAUGGAGAAAAUAAACUUCCGGAAUUUGAUCUUUAUCUUGGUGUGAAUCUUUGGUUAUCAGUUAAAUUCAUAAAUGCUUCUGAAGUUGUCACCACAGAAAUCAUCGAUGUUGCUUCAGCAGAUACUCUUAGUGUCUGUCUAGUGAAUUCAGGACAUGGGAUUCCUUUCAUAUCGGCACUGGAGUUGAGGCCACUUGAUGGGUCAAUUUACAAAAUUGACUCUUCGAUUUGGGGCUCUUUAGUUCUAUUCCAGAGAUUGGAUACAGGAUAUUCUAAUGGAAGUGGUCGAUAUGCAGAUGAUAUAUAUGAUAGAAUUUGGUCUUCCUACACCUUGCCAUCCUGGGACUCGUUACACACAUCUUCAGAGAUCGAUAUCAGCGGAAAUGGUUAUAGAGCACCGUCUGAAGUCAUGCAGACGGCAGCCACACCUAAAAUUGGAACCGGAUCUUUGGAGUUCAGCUGGAAUACUUCUGACUCAAAAGCCCAGUUCUACAUUUACAUGUACUUUGCUGACUUAUUUGUAUCCGGCAGGAACCAAUCAAGAGAGUUCAAUGUUUCUUGGAAUGGAACUCCUCUUUUUGGAAAUGUGAAACCUCGUGCGUACUAUGCAUCCACGCUCAAUAAUUUGAGACCUUUGGUGGGAAAAGAGCAUAAGAUUUCCAUUCAAAGAAGUGGUAGUGCAAACCUUCCCCCCAUCCUUAAUGCCAUCGAGAUAUAUAGGGUCCAAGAGUUCAGUGAAUUCGCAACAUUCAAUGGAGACGUUGAUGCAAUAGCCGACAUUAGAACAACAUAUAAAGUGAACAAAAAUUGGGUCGGAGAUCCUUGUGGCCCAAAGAACUACUCGUGGGAAGGUGUAGCAUGCAACUACACGAAUAUUAGUCCCCCUCGAAUCAUAUCCUUAAAUCUUUCCACAAAUGAUUUGAGCGGGCAAAUAGCUGCUUCCAUAGCCAAUUUUUCAUCACUAGAAGCAUUGGAUCUGUCAAAUAAUAGUUUGACUGGGACGAUACCCGAGUUUCUGGAAAAGCUUUCACUUUUAAAGUUCUUGGACUUACGGGGAAAUCUAUUAUCCGGCCCUGUUCCACGGUCUCUCAUGGAGAGAUCAAGGAACGGAUUACUCACACUAAGGGUCGACGACUCAAUCCUUUGUGACUCGGGUUCAUGCCAAAAUAAGAAGAAAAAGGUUGUAGCUCCGAUAGUUGCAUCACUAUUAUCGUCUUUGGUCCUCUUACUUCUAUUGAUCAUCAUUUGGAGAGUAAGACGCAAAGGAAAAACUGGAAAAGCAAAAUCAAACGAAGAAGGAAGAGCAUUAGAAUCAAAUAACAGGCAAUUUACGUAUGCUGAGGUGGUAAACAUGACUGAUAACUUUCAAACGAUCAUCGGGAAGGGAGGAUUUGGAACUGUUUACCUUGGCCGCUUGGAAAAUGGCAGCCAAGUUGCAGUGAAGUUACUUUCUGCAUCAUCAUGGCAAGGAUACAAAGAAUUUCAAAAUGAGGCUGAGCUGUUGAUGAGAGUUCAUCAUAGGAAUUUGGCCUCCUUUGUUGGAUAUUGCCACGAUGAAAACAAAAUGGCGCUCGUCUACGAGUACAUGGCUAACGGAAACCUCAAAAAUUAUAUCUUAGCGAGAAGCGAUCAUCCGUUGAGUUGGGAAUUGAGACUCAAUAUAGCAAUUGAUGCAGCACAAGGAUUGGAAUAUCUACACCAUGGUUGUAGGCCGGCUAUAAUUCAUAGAGACGUUAAGUCGGCCAAUAUCCUCCUCAAUGAAAAUUUGAAUGCGAAAAUAGCAGAUUUCGGUCUUUCGAUGGGUCUUCCAGAUGAUCAAACGACUCAUAUUUUAACAGACGUUUUCGGCACAACCGGCUACCUUGAUCCGGAGUACCGUAGAUCUCACAACUUGAAUGAGAAAAGUGACGUAUACAGUUUUGGGAUCGUUCUUUUAGAGUUGAUCACAGGCCAACCUGUGAUCAUAAAGUGUAUGGAUUAUGUGCACAUUAUGCAAUAUGUGGGCCCGUAUCUUGAAAAGGGCGAGAUCACGACCAUCGUAGAUGAACAAAUGGGAGGCGACUUCAACUUAGAUUCGGUUUGGAAAGCUAUUGAAGUAGCGGUUGCAUGCACACGAGCCAAGUCAACCGAAAGGGUGACAAUGAGUGAAGUUUUGAUAAGGUUAAAGGUGUGUUUGGAGAUGGAGUUGGCUCGCGGGGGAAGGAACCCGACGAACCACAUGAACGUGAAAACGGCUAGUUUGAGGAUUGACUAUUCGCCCGAUGUUUGUUCAAUGGAUUUAGAUCUCAUGACCGGACCCUCGGCAAGAUGGUGAACCAAAAAUUAACACAAACCUUACAUGCAAGUACGAAGAAAGAGUCAUUCGUCCAAUGAAACUUGGAUCACUGUAGAGUCCAGCCUUACAGAAAAUUAGGGUUCAAAUCUUAUAAAAAGGGAUGAGUGCGUAAGUAUUUGCUGUAUAUAAAUUAUAUACAUUUAAAUAAUGAUUUAAAGAGAUUGUCUUUUUA